AUGUAUCUCCCACGACAACAGAUCGCGCAACUGUACACGGACCUAAUACGAACCAACCACCAUGGAUCUGCCCCGAUUGUCAUCCUCACCGCCCUCACGGUUGACAGCUUGUGUGCCGCGCACAUCCUCGAUCUCCUCCUAAAGCGUGACUUUGUUCGACAUCAGCUUGUCCCCAUUGCCGGCUACUCSGACCUGCAGAAAGCGGGAAUUCAGCAAGUACAGACACUAUCCCUGGCGAGGGGGGGAACGGGCGGGACAGUCGUGUGUUUGGGUCUGGGAGGGGCUGUUGCUUUGGAGGAGGUGCUGGGAUUGGACGGCGCGGAAGAGGAUGGCGCUGCAGAAGAUCAUGGCGUCGAAGUCUGGGUUCUGGAUUCACACAGACCUUUGAAUUUGGAGAACGUCUUUGGCACGUCGGCUGCUUCACAAGCAGGGGAUCUAGCAAGAAGAUCCGGUGUCAAGGAAGGCCGCGUACUCCCCGGCUACAAGUCUGGCCGAGGCGGGGUCAUUGUGUUUGAUGAUGAUGAUCUGGAAGAGGAGCUAAGGGCGGAAAAGGAAGCGUUCUUUGCGCUGCAGGACAUGCCAGAAAUCACAGAGGAUGACCUUGCACUCAAUGACGAAGAUGGAGGGGACGAAGGCGACGAGGAUGCAGCAAAUCAUUCCGAUGACGAUGGCAGAGACGAAGACACAUCCAGCAGCGGCCAGAAGCGAAAGCGAGCGACAUCUUCGGACGGAUCAGAAGACGAGGACGACUCUGAAGGAGAAUUGGGCCGAGCGCGGCGACGGCGACGCAGCAAUACCAGUUCAUCCAUUCCGAUUCCAUCAUCCCCUGGCGGAAACCCUUUCUCAGCACAAUUGGAUGGCUCUACUCCUCCUCCAUUGGCCUCUUCACCUCCCAGAAGAAAGGAGAAGUCGGCCAAGCAGCUUCGUAGAGAGCUCUUGAAAUUACGACGAAAGCAUGAAGCAACGCUCGACCGCUAUUACGAUCUCGGUACGAAAGCAGCAGAGUGCGUCAGCAGUAUGCUCUACUCGCUCGCCUCUGAUCUUGGACGCGAAGACAAUGAACUCCUAUGGCUGGCAAUCGUCGGCAUCAACUCCACAUUCACUUCAGCUUCCGGUCCAGGAGCUCGAGCCAGCCAGAUCAAAGCUGUGCUACAAGACGAAGUUCGCCGUUUGAAUCCCAUCCCAGAAGGAGAGUUGCAAAGAACUCAAAGCGUGGAAGCAAUCAUCCCCACCACUGCGAGAAGUCCAACCGAUACUGGUAUUCGACUGAGUCCCGAGCCAAGAUUCCUCAUGAUUCGUCAUUGGUCGCUCUACGAUUCCAUGCUGCACUCACCAUACCUCGCAACUCGAUUGCAUGUCUGGUCAGAGCCUGGCAAGAAGCGUCUUCACAAACUCCUCGCGAAGAUGGGCAUCAGUCUGCAAGAAGCUGGAAAGGGCUAUCUCCACAUGGAUUCCGAACUGAAGCGUACGUUGAGGAAGAGGAUUCUCAAGUUCGCCGAGCAAUACAAUCUCGACGGCCUCGUUCCCACAGACAAAGGACGUGGGGACAUGGAUGGCUGGGGUUUCGUACGAUCUUGGGGAUGGAGAGGGACAUUGAGUGCAGAAGAUGUUGCAAUUGUCAUCGGAGCCAUACUUGAAGUCGGCGGCGAACACGACCUUCUCCCAAGCUUGACACUCGGGGCCUCACGUCCUGGCCAUUCCGAUGCCAACUACAACGAGCGGGUGCAGAAUCUCCCAACCCCACCGCAUUCCUCAGAUGACGGACACGGCGAAAUCGAGAAUUCUGGAGCAAGCGACAUUCCCGAUUACGUGGAGAUGCGCUUCGCUCGCGCCAUGGCUGCUCUCCGACCUGGCGGAAAAGGCCUCUCCAUUGUAAUGGCCAACAUCCCAGCAGCGCAGAAUCUCUACAAAGCUAUUCUACGCGUUGGCUCGGCUUUGGUCAACAAAGCGCAGAUUAGGCAUCUGCGGGCUUACCGCAUGGCAGUCGUGAGAGAAGGUCCUGAUACUCCGUUAUUCACGCAUCCUGGAGCGCUGGUGCGACUAGCAGGAUGGGUCGGCGAGGCCAUUGCUGUUCUUGAAGGAGAAAGUGGGAAGCGGAGUGGUAAGGAUGAAGCUCUUGUGCUUGCUGCGCUGGAUGAGGGCAGAGGUGUCUACGUUGUUGUUGGGUUGGGUGGCGGGACGGGAUGGAAUAGCAGUGGGAAGAAGAUUCGAUCUAAAGCUGAGAUUAAAGAGAGGGAAGAUGCCAAGAAGAGGAGGAGUGCGGAACGUGCUGCGAGGAAAGCGGCCGAGAAGAGGAAGAGGGAGGAACAGAGGCGCUUGAGGGCUGAGAGGAAUGCUGCUAAUGGGAUGUUGGAUGAUGAGGAGGAGGAGGAAUCGGAACCUGAGACCGAAGAAGACGAGGAUGAGGACGAGAACGACUCUGACGAUGAAGUGGAGACAGGAGGCAAGGUGAAGAAAAUCCGAGGACUCAAUCGUUUUGGACAGGCCUUUCAGGAGGUCGUGGAGGAGACUGGGUCAAGAGUUCGGAWUGAUUCUUUCGAGCAUAGUGUCGUKGAGGUGAAGAAGGACGAUCUCGCAGGGUUUUUGGAGGUGUUGUCAAGCAAGGUCGUAGUCGCUUGA